GAGGGGAGGGGGUGCAGGGAAUGUGUGUGUUUUGUGUGCGAGAGUCAAGGCAGUCUCUGUUGCCAGAAAAGAAAAAUAGUCUUGGAGGGAAAUCAGCAUGUGAUGGAAGGUAUGUAAAUGCACUUCAGGGACGCAAAGUGACGUUAGACGCUUCGGAAGACCAUCCAGAGGCUUCUGUGUUUCAUUUUGUUUUAGUUGAAGAUAGGUGCAAUCACCUCAGCGGUGUGUGAAAAGAGAGGGAGAGGGGGGGGGGGCGGGUGUGUGUGUGGACCUCACCGCUGACGGGACCCACAGGCACCCUGAUUGUGCCCCGCUCUCAUCAUUUCUGGAGGUGAGGACAAAAGGGAAAAAAGAGGGGGCAAAUCGGAGGAGAGGCCCGGGAUCCGACUGUCGUGACGGCUCACCCCCCCCACGCAGAAAUUGGUCGCCGAUGGUCGGGGUUUCCUACACCCAAAACGUCUGAGGGGGGAAAAAGCGGCGUAGCGUUCGACUCAAGACAGACUGGGGGUUUCCUGCCACAACAGCGGGAUUGUCAAAAGGAGCCCUUCACUCCAAGCUGGGCCUUGUAUUGCUACGUUUUCAGACUUCUAAUCUUCUGGUCAGCAGCUGCUGGAAAAUGAAUUCAUCUGCAUGGAGUUACUGAGGAACAAACGACAACUGGAGUUUGAAAGAACUGAACUUGAAGUGGAAUAAAUGGAUUACCUUCCUUUUGGGAAAUAAGUUGCCAUGGAGCUGGGUAGAAUUAAAUGAUGGUUGACAGACAAUAACAAAGGUAAGACGGCUAAAUGCUGAAGUACCAGGAGAGCAUCAAGAGGAAUCUAUGCCCAGAAAUAAUGAAAUAAGAGGGACCAAAGACUUAGAACCCAGAUGAAUACAUGCAGUGAGAGACAAAAAAAGCCAAACAAAAAAUGAUAUCAAAUGAGAAUGACCAAGAAAGACAAAGAGCUAAAGUGUCUCACUGCAUCUAAGAGUGGAUGAGCAUAUCAAUGGAGUUCUGGAAAGUGUUUUGUAAAAGUCUCUUUUCAAAUCUUUUUGACUCCAAUCCACCAAGACGUUUUUGGUUCACAUCCUGGCAAAAUUAACACAUAUUAACAGAAGAAGAAAAAAACAAUCUUGUCAGAAUUCCGUCUCAAUGGAACAAAUAUUUUUUGCGCAAUUGCAAUUUUAUCUUUCCAUCACCUUUAUCCUCAAACAGCUAUGUUUACCCAAGCUGUUGUGGUACAGCAUCUGCAAGUGAGACUUUUGAAGUUGCCUUACAUAGUGACGUGUUAGCCGUCCAUAUCAUAUUCUUGAUGCCAAACUGCUAAGGAAUUAACGACACAUUUUACAACCCACUGUGAUGUGAGCCUUUUAAUGUGGAAACGACCAUAUACCAAUGCCACGUUGAAGUGAGAACAUUUUUACUUUUUGAUACAACCAUCAUCUGUUGGGUACUUAUAUCCCCAGUGAUUCAGUGUUCUAGUGGAUUCAACAAAGCAUUUAAUUUAAAAAAAAAAAUAUUCUGCUCUCUUCUGCAUCCAUGGUACCUGCUUUCAGCACUUCACUCAGAUGCGGGUGGCAUUUUGCCACAGACACCAGUGUUGUGUUUCUUUAAGUAAAAAGGACAAAACAUGCAGAAUUUUUCUAAUAGCCCCACCCCCCAUUCUCUCCCGCCGGGCUUUAGCAUGAGGGGUGGAGGUGGACCUCUAUAUCCCCCACAAACUGCAGACCCCCAGGUCUCCCCAAGGAUGACAGAAGAUUAUGCAGCGAUGCAACAGCAGAGCCUACAUCGAGGCCAUCCGCACUCCAAUCAAGCCAGCCCCAUGCUUGCUUACAAUGCUCGAAACAGAGGCAUUGUAGAACCGCCGCCCACACAGGGUAACCUUCACAGCAGCAGUAACAACCCUUACAGGAAGGAGACAAUGGAUUAUUAUUUUUCGUUGGCCGGGAAGGACAAAGCCCGAAGAGGUCUGGUCUACGGAGCAGGAUUCGCUUACCCUAAUCUUGAUGGACACAUACCUCCCCAGUACAGACAUUCUGGCGCUGGAUCUGUAUUAUCAUCUGGGAUCAUGUCACAGUAUUCAGUCGAUUAUGGGCCCGGCACUGGGUCAGGUGGAGGAUCUGGAGCAUUCUCUCCUCAUCAAUACAACAUGAGCCAGAACGCUGCAAUGCAGGCCAUGCCAGCUUCUCUGAGCCGCCAACAUGGACAAACGUUCUCUCCAGUCCACCAUGGACUGCAGCAUCGGAGUUACCCAAGCUCUGGGCAUAGACUGACCCCUCAAUACCCACAGUACUCCCCGCAGGCUGGUGCGUCCACGGGGUCAUCGGGAAUGUACAGCCCCCCUCCGCAGAGAUAUGUCGAUGGGACUGCCAACACUACUUUUGAUCCCAAAGUCAACAGUUCUCACAGUGUCAACUCAAGUGCAAACUCUGCCUCUGGUGAUAACAAUACGGGGCCAGUGGAGAGUGUUCACCAGCGGUACCAUGCAUCAAACUACGCUGGGUAUAUUUCACAGAUGCAAACACUUCACAAGGAAGGCACACUGCAGCAUUGUAACACACAGCACAAUUUAGGUGUGGGCUAUGACAACCCUGUGAAGACGCAACACCAAGGCCCAACUCCUGGCUCAGUAUACGGUAAACAUCACCAAGGCUCUACCCCGAGUAUGCCACCUUCAACAUCUCAAGAAAUAGCCAAAUCCCCACUGCAUUCUCAACAAAGUCAGAUGAACCAAAACCUCAGUCCAAUUUCAAACCCGUCCCCAGCUGCCUCAGCAGUACACUCCCCCAGCUGUAGCUCCACUCCUUCCCCUUUGAUGGGUGUUUCCGAAACCUACGUCAACCCCUCUGGUCCUUCCCACCCUUCGUCUACUGUCCAUACCAGCAGUCAUGGUCAUCGAUUAAUACGGGCUGCGUCACAGUUAAGUCCAACGCCCAACUCAAACAGUAGCAUCAGUAGUUGUGGUAGCAGUGGCGCUCACAAAGCUCAUAGCAUCAGUACUGUUGGAGUAAACAGUGUCCCGCCAACAAGCUGCAACAAAACCGUUCUUGGUUCAGUGCCCCGAGAGGAAAGCCCAUCUGUUUAUUCAUCACCGCCUGUUGGGAAAAUGCACGAUACAGGACUAAAUAGUCUAAACGCCUUGAGCUCCCAGGUAGCUAAUUUACCAAACACCAUUCAACACAUGCUUCGGACUGACAAUGUGCUGUCACAGAAGAAGGGCAAAGACGGUGGACCGGUGCAACAAGCAACACACAGUGUUCCCCCAUUGCAACCAAGGAGUAGAAAUGCAAGUGCAGCGUCAAGUACCGGCACAGUUAAAGAUGGAUCUGUUCUCGGAAUUGCUGAAACUGCUGCUUUAGAAACUGUUGCCAAUGAAGACUCUUCCUAUCUGUCAGCUGAGACCAAGAUAGAGCAAGAGGAUCAUUUAAUAGAGGGCUCACAUACAAGAGUGAGGCGGAUGAGUGGUGCAAGCAGUGGAUCGGAACCCAUUUUUUAUCAUCCCCCUCACAGUCAAACCCAGCCACCACCUGGAAAAGCAUUAAAUGCUAAAACAUUGAUUUGUAAGUCAUCACCAAAAGAAAUGGUCUCAAAAGGAAACGCUCGCACCGCUUCUACAUUAGCAUCAGAUGCUGACCCAAAUUCACAUUCAAAAUCUCCUAUUCCCUCAUCCACCUCUUGUAUUAUUCCUCCCGCCCAACCAAACCGUGUCUCACAUCCCAGUUUAUUAAAUAGUAACUCAAAAGGUGGCCAUAAAAAGAGCGUCGAAAUAAAAAAUGAACAGAUCAAAAUCGAACACGAAGACGGGGUUGAGAAAAUGGAAAAAGGUAAUAGCCAAAUGGUUCGAGAUGGAGAAAUCAGCACAAAGCAUGGACAGGACAAAGAAAAUUUGCUGCACACCGCUUCUACGGCGCAUGACGAGAAUGAACAAAAACCCGCGUCUGAGGAGCAGCUAAGCGUUGGUGUGAUUGUUUCAGCCCGUUCAGAGGGAAGUCAGAUUGAAAAAAGCAAGCAACCUCAAGACACCUGUUUGAAGGAGAAACAAUCCUAUUUGAAAGAAUCAAUGAAUAAUAAUGGAGAGGAAGGUACUGACUUAAGUCGAUACUCCACCCAGCAUCCAAAAUCAAAUACUGAACAGGCCCACAAUCUCAACCAGUUUGGAUCUCACAAGUAUGGUUUUGUAGAGUCAACAUAUGGCUCUGAUUUGUCAAUGAUGAAGAAAGGAAGGACUGGUCCAGCAAGUGUAAUGGAAUCAAGUUCCAGAAACUAUCAACAAUCGCACUCUGCUUAUAGUACUGAGCAUUCAAAAGAAUCAAGUUCUCUAAUGGAGGCAUUCGGGAAGAAAGGCCAAGCAUCGAAAGGUCAAGAGGACAUUUCUCAAAUCCAACAAUUCCCUAGUCUCUUACAAGAGGUUCUUCAGGGCUAUAAUUUAGAUCGACGUUACGGAAGACCAGAACAGGCAUUUCCUGCACAUCUCCAAGUUCAACAACAGUUUCAAACGAGAUACCCAUACGCUAUGACAGAAAACACCAGGAUGAUGGAAGGUGGAGCCACUGACAAUUUGUCCCUAAUGGGCACUAGUGGAAAGCCCCAACAUCCGAAUCAUCGACUUGGAAGUAAAAGCAAUUUUGCAGCAGGUCUUCAAUCUUCAAUUAAGACGGAUGUUUCCAAUCCCAAGAUACUGCAAAAUACUACAAAAAAAGAAAUGGAUUUGUCUGAAGAUCAUUUACCACGAGACUCUGACGCACAGCCAAGCCAACCAAAACAUAUCAAUUUAGCUGACUAUUCUCUUCCACAAAGAAAAACAUUACCCAAUAUGUCUGCUUCAUCUUCUGCCGUACAAGAGCUCCUUUUGCAAGAACCCGAGCCGCUCAAAGGGUGUACCGGUCAAGCGGAUUCUCAGAAAUCAGAACGUCGCUCCGUCAUCUGCGAUGUGUCACCAAAUAGACGGGGCACACCAGAGAGGGACAGGGAAAGUAGCAGGGAGCGAGAGAAAAACCAGAGUGCAGCCUCUGUGAUUCAGCAGCCAUUUUCCUCUCCAGCAUCAGCCACUGACCUGAGUAAAAAGGACAUUUUAGAGAAAAAAGUGUUAAAGAUUGAAACGGCACCCAAAGAGAUUGGUCCCAAUCCCGAUUGUCACGGCAGUAGUGGAACAAAUGAGAGCGAUAUGGAAUAUUCUUCCAAAUAUGCGCAUUCAUCCAUUGUGCUUAAUUCUGACCCUUACAGGCACCUGCCGCCCCAUUCUCUGAGCACAAAUCCUUUAGCAUCACCAUCAAGACAUCAGUCAUAUCUUCACGGUGUGGAUUUAGCAACAAGCAACCCCAACAAUUUCCCAGGUUAUCGCUUCGGAGAUGCAAGAGAAAGCAAUAUACCUCGUGGCCACUCUCAUUUUCCUUCUCAUCAUCCAUACCAUCAUUUAUCACCCCAGGCUCAAACUACAAACAAGCUUCAAAUGUAUCCUCAUCCUCGUGGGCCUUUCCAGCAUCCACAUGAACUAAACGACUGGGUGAAAGCAAUGAAUAGAUCCGCUAAGGACAUGAUGAUGUUGCCCGUUUCUUCCCCAGGACGACAUAAAGUCAGUCAAUCGGAGCACAGGCAGAUGAUGGUCCCUCAAGCAGACAUUCAUAGUGAUCAACAUGCAACCAAAACAUUGCUACAUCAACAAAGCGGGUUUUAUGACAUGAAAAUGUGGGAGUCCACACCCCCAGGCAGAGAUGCUGUUAGAAUGACUGAAACGGAUUCCUGCUACAGGACACAGGGACUUCCUCCACCAUCAUCUGUUCCUGCAGGUUCACAAGGCACUCCUUCGAAGGCUCCAGCAGAGCUUGAGGAAACUAAACGACCCUGCCUUCCUCCUCCGUGCAACUCAUCCAAACCUCAAACUGACCUAAGUUCUCCUCAACCACAGGUGCAGCGCCAAACUAAAUCUGGAGGUCCUGGAGAGACAAAUCCUCUCAUAUUGAGAAGGAGAGUGCGUUCUUUUAUCUCUCCCAUUCCUGCCAAAAGGUUACUGCAGGAUGCAUCUCAACAGAGAGCUGCCACCAAUUCAAACGCUGCUGGGGCGCACUCGGAAUCAAACCAUCGCAAUGAUGACGAAUCCUCCUCUUCGGAUAUGCCGCGCCUCUCUUCCCCUUUGCCUGGUGAGAAUACCUUUCCUAAAUCUCUUUCUCCAUCAAGUGGAAUUACAAAAGCCUUGCCUCCAAAGAAAGGACGUGGUUUGAAACUAGAGGCGAUCGUUCAGAAAAUAUCACCAAGUGUUUCAAAGCCUGCUGGCCAUGUUGAUGAUGGAACAAAUCAUUACCCGGGCUUUACAAAUGCAACGAUCCCAGCGUUUAGUGACCCACAGGACCAAGACAUGAUCAAUUUUCCAAGAGUUGCAGGAGGAGAUGAUGGUUAUAUUGAAGACACUCACUCACUAAAUGACAUGAUGCCCUUCAGAGGUGUAGAUGAGACUGGCCCGUUGCCACUGUCUGGCUACACAUGCAAUCCGCAAACACAAACUCAUAAACAAAAAGACUUUGACUUUGGCUUAGGAGCUGCUGUGGUGUCAGCGUCCGGUGACAAGGAGGACUUUGCACUGCUCGGACCGUUACCCCCUCCUCCACCACUUCCACGUCCAGUCCAGGGUUCUCCGCCUCCGUCUUCAUCUGCCCUGUCAGACAUUCAACAUUUCACCAAUACUUACCAGCAGCUUGAGACAAGAAGAGGAGAACAAUCUGCUGCAAACCUUCUUCGACAGAAACUUCAAGAAUCUGGCAUGGGAUUUGAUGAUUACGCCGGCAGUGAUUACUAUAGCGCUACCUCGCCCCAUCAUAGCCAGUCUCAAGGACAUGUUCUGAGCAGACACCAGAUGUCCUCUCCUCGGCCAAAUCUGUCGACACAAGAUUGUAAGACUCCAGACAGCGCUGUGCCUAAAGGCUAUUUUCCAUCUGGCAAAAAGAAGGGCAGACCUGUUGGAAGUGUCAAUAAACAGAAACGUGUCCAAAGCCAAGGCCAACCACAGGUCCAGUCUCAAGCCCAGACCAUGAAUCAGAAUUCUCAGCCGCCACCAACUCCCGUUCCAGAUGCCCUUACAAUACCUGACACAGUUCAAACCACAACCAGCACAGCCACCUCCAUCUUGGAAAACAAAAGCACUCCUCCUCUGAUGCCACCCAUUUUAACACAGGAAAUAAAAGUGGAUGUCGACAGCGAGCCAAUUCAACCUGAGAUCGAAGUCAAACCCGUGAGACGGCGGCGCAAAGGUAUGAAAGAUGAAGACGUCUCACCGGAAAGAAGAGGACGUCAAAGAAUGAGAAGAGGAGGGCCGCCGUCAUCACAAUCAGCCGCUAGAGAUAACCCAGAAACGCCGCUAGGGGCAAAAGGCUCUAACAGCAUAAAUCGAGGAUUCCCGGAUCCAAAUCUCAAAGGCCUGUUUGUUCCACACAUUCAUGUGGAGAACAAAAUACCAGAGAUCGGGUCAGUCUGCACGAUCGUAAACGCCGAGGAUGACAAAUCGAAAGGAGAGCGUAGUGCGAUCGGAGGGAAAACAGGUGGAAGUGCAACUGAUUCUCUACCAACCUCAACUCUUUACUCACAGUUAUCAAAAAGAGAAUCGGAAGCGAGGGAGACGGACCAGGUGGAAACCACGCUUCAGUCAGGAAAAGCACUUCCGUCAUCUGGCUAUGUUGUUUCUGGACCUGCUGUUACAGAAUCCAAACACUCCGGCCGCCAGCUUUGCUGUCUCUGUCAAAAAUGGGCCAACUACAAACACCUCGGAGAUCUUUACGGUCCCUACUAUCCCGCCGAAUAUGCCGCAAAGCUCCCCAAAAACCAGCCCCAGCUUAGACAAUGUCAUACGACCGCAACCAAAACUGGACCAAAUCCACAAAUUGUCUCAAAUGCUUUAGAUACUUUGCAGAACUUACAAAGACAUGUUCCGUUGCCCAGACCUGUGGCUACAACUAACUGCACCGUAAACUUGGAUUCCAAUCUUGCAUCUCUUUGCGCCACAUUAAGACCUCCUCCCUUAUCUUUUAGAGAAGAUCUGAUUGGCGAGUCUAGUACCCUUACCUCUUCCUACACUGCCAAUAAAACCCCGUCUUUAUCCUGGGACCUGAACUUUGAUAUCAUACCGAUUCCAGAACUUAAAAGAGAGCCAGACUUUGACACGGAGCAGCAGCAGUUCCCCAUACAGCCACCAGAGCAACCGGCGGAGGAAGCCCAACAACGACCACAACACCGAAAGCUAACCUCGCAUCCACGUUUCAAACGGAGGCACAAAUCCAGUGAGGACUCCCCCAGAAUGGUGCCAUCCAACAGUAAGGCUUCACUCCCCUUCCAACCUCCGCCGCCAGCUUUGGACUCCUUGGGACCAUUGGCACAACUCGCCCAGUUGCCUCAGAUGCCUAUGGACCCAGAAGAGUUGUGGGUUCAUGAGGCGUGCAUCGUGUGGACCAGUGGAGUAUACCUUGUCAAUGGGAGACUUUACGGCCUGCAGGAGGCGCUCGAUGGUGCCAGGGAAACAAGCUGUUCAUACUGCGAGAUGAUCGGCUCCACCCUGGGUUGCUACAGUAAAGGCUGUAUACGUCGUUAUCAUUAUAUUUGUGCCAUUGAAACAGAUUGUUCCCUCAAUGAAGAUAACUUCUCACUGCGGUGUCCGAAGCACAAGGUUACCCAGAACCUCCGGCCCGUCAAGUCAGUGUACCUGGAGCAGUCUGAGAGAGGGUGAGACUUAUUCAGCAUGGAAUCUGUUUGGACAAGAGUCAGCUAAGAGUUGAGACUUGUUGUGAUAAACGACUUGCACAAGGCCAAGCAACAAAAGGGAAUGUACAAUUUCAACGUGAAUCAGCAUCAUUUCCAUUCAAGACUUUAAAGAAAAGCCGCUAUUAUUGCUUUUUUACUUGAAAGACAAAAAAAACACGCAGCGUAGACGAACAAAGCGGAAGGAGAAAAACUUUUCAAAAGAAAACACUAACGGAGGUCAAAGUGGAAUGGAUUGACAGCGGAACAAAUGAACUUUUCAGUCGAGAACAAAAGAAGCAAAUUUCUUCUCUGGGCUUACUUUGAUUUCCUUACCAAACCCUGUAAGUGUUAAAUCCUUGUUUAUCAUCACAUUUUUUUUGUCUGGGAUUUUUUUGGGAUCGAUUUAAGGAAGCCUGUUGGGAGAAAACAGGGUGUCAAACUAAGAAAAGACAAAUUGGGAUUUUCUCUUGCAAAUACUAUUUUAUCUCAUGGUAUCAAGAUGAAGAAUUCAUAGUUUAGCCCUCAUUCUUAUUUUUGUAUCCUCAACAGUAUUUACCCAUGAUGAUGAAAUGGAUGUAUCUCACUUAAUAUUCAGUCAGAACGUUAAUUGGCUGCUUUUUCCCCCCCUUCUUUCUUUCAUUCCCGGAGAGGAAGGAGCCAAAUUGAUGUCCUGGAAUGUCAGGGUCGAGUUUGCCACAAAGACAUUUAUUGCCUUGGAGAACGGACAUUUGUUGCCUUUCAAUGUAGUGUAAGUGUGUGUGUGCGCGUGUGUGUGUGUGCGUGUGUGUGUGCAUGAGAAAGAGAAAGUGCUAUACCAUUCUGGUCCUUUUUGAAAAGUGUUCUUAUUUUUCAUCAUGAGCUUUUUACGGUACAGCAAGUAUUCCUGAAAAAUCAGAUGGACACAGUCUUAUUUUUGGGAAUGUUCCUAAUGUGCACGGAGAAGGUUAAACGAAGGACCAAUGUCCAGGCCAUGUGGAGCGGGACUAAGAUGAAGGACAUUGAGCACUUGUCCGGAGUUGGGGAACUGUGUGCUGGACGCUUAUAUAGGAAUUGGGAAUUAAACAACAUGAGGAUCUGAUGGAAAGCUUGUGAUUGGCCAGUUGGCUGCACGGGCCAAUGGGGACCAAGCAAGUAGUUUUGCAGCGGUAGCACAGCAGGAGAUUGAGAAUCCAUUCAAAAGACGCAAUCGCCAUCCGAUUUUAAACUGUAAGUCGUACAUGGUGUUGUCCUGAUCAUUUUUUAUUGUUAUUCUUGUUUAAAAAAAAAAAAAAAAAAGCUAAAAGAUGGCAGUCACACUAUCAGAACCAUGUAUCACAAAAAAAUUGUCCAUAUGUAUAUGAAUUAUGAAUACACUUAAAUGCUUCAACUAUGCUCUUUUUCCUGGAAUAUGUUUUAUUCUAUUCUAGGGAAUAUCCAUGCACAAUUGUUAUUUUUAAAUAUUUUGAAAGGGGUGCGAGAAUCUCCGAAUGUUCUGAGCUUCUGUUUCCGUGCCAGUGUUAUAUUUAGCCCAACAAUGCUCGCAAGUAUUUGUGAAUGCAACUUCCCCAUAAGUUUGUUCCAUUUUUCAGAACCAAACGAGUUGUCAGUGAUUCAACAGCGCCUCUGCAAAGUCACCGCUGAGUAGUUUACGCCAUUUUGCUUCUAUUGCUUCAAAAUGCAAUGAAUCAACUGGCAAUUCUGCACACAAUUCUAAAGGAUUUAACCAAUAAAUAGAUGAUGCCACCCCUU